AUGUUCAACCUCUUCAGACCCUACAUAAAUCGGCGAUUCCUAAUCUCCCUUCGCAAUUUCUACAUUUCACUCACCCACCCUCUCUUCUCUCUGUUUUCCCCCAAUAUGAACCACGAUCCACAAACCGAAUCCACCGACGACGCCCCACAACCCGAUUCUACUCUCUUUGAUCCCUAUGUGCCGUCUACACCAGUCUCUUACCCAAUCAAAACUUUACAAGACUUGGAACUUCGAACCUAUUUCGAUUCUUUCCACUUCCAGUUCAAUAAAGCGUCGGUUCCUCUAAGUUGUAGUGGUGUUGAUGUUGUUUCGUUGCCGAAUCGGCGGAGGAUGAUGGCGUGUCAUGAUAUGGCGGGAGGGUACAUUGAUGAUAAAUGGGUUCAAGGAGGGAGUAAUCCUGAUGCAUAUGGAAUAUGGCAUUGGUAUUUGAUGGAUGUGUUCAUCUAUUUUUCUCAUAAUCUGGUUACUUUGCCGCCUCCUUGUUGGGUUAACGCUGCUCAUAAGCAUGGAGUUAAGGUAUUGGGAACUUUUAUAGUAGAGUGGGAGGAAGGAAGAUUGAUUGCUGAGCAGUUCCUUGCAACAACUGAAGUUACCCAACUGUAUGCUGAGCGUUUGUCUGAGCUUGCUGUUGCCUUGGGCUUUGAUGGGUGGCUGAUUAAUAUGGAGGUCGAGCUGGACAUUGGAAGGAUUCCUAUUUUGAAGGAAUUUAUCAGCCAUUUAACUAAGGUUAUGCAUUCUUCAAAACCCGGAUCUUUAGUUAUCUGGUAUGACAGUGUUACUAUUGAGGGUAAACUUGAUUGGCAAGAUCAACUGAAUGAUAAGAACAAGCCUUUUUUUGAUAUAUGUGAUGGCAUAUUUAUGAACUAUUCCUGGAAGGAAGAUUAUCCAAGGUCCUCGGCUGCUGUUGCUGGUAAUAGAAAGUUUGACGUCUACAUGGGAAUUGAUGUUUUUGGUAGAGGCACUUAUGGUGACGGACAAUGGACAACAAAUGUGGCACUUGAUGUACUAAAGAAAGAUGAUGUGUCGGCAGCCAUAUUUGCCCCUGGAUGGGUUUACGAGACUAAGCAACCCCCUGAUUUUCAGACGGCUCAGAAUCGGUGGUGGAGUCUUGUUGAGAAAUCAUGGGGAGUAAUGCAAAGUUACCCCAAAGUUCUUCCAUUCUACUCCAACUUCGAUCGGGGUAAUGGCUACCAUUUUUCCGUUGAUGGAAGACUGGUGUCCGAUGCUCCGUGGAACAAUCUUUCAAAUCAAAGUUACCAGCCAUGUCUCGAGUUUUUUGGAGAUGCUGCAACUGAAACAAUUCAAGCAUUCGUUGAUUUUAAGCAAGCAUCAUAUAGUGGAGGAGGGAACAUUACUUUUGAAGGUGUUCUUGAAGAUCAUGCUUAUUUGACAAGAAGACUCUUCCAUGGAGAACUUCGUUUUGGGAAUUCAGCAGUCCACUUUACGUACUCGGUGAAAUCAGACGGUAGCUCCGUGAUCGGCCUUUUACUUGAUUUUACUGACACCAUGGACACGGAAAAGACGUCGGUUCUUCUUGCCUCUUGGGGAGAUACCUUGCUUACCAUGGAUCGGUUUUCAAGCAAAUUUAGCCGCGUGAUAAUGCCACGCCAUGUGAAAAAACUAGCAGCUGAACCAGAAUGGAUCAUACAAGAUAGCAGUCUCACAAUGGAGGGAUUCACAUUAACAGGAAUUCAUGUUGUUUGCUACAAAUCAAAUCCCCAAGUCGGGACUCUAAAAUCUCCGUCCAAUUCGUCCGAAUAUUACGCAGUUCUUGGUCAUAUCGCUAUUAAAACUUCUACCGAAAACAUGGUUUUCCCACCGGCCUCAGAGUGGCUUGUCGAAAGUCAAAACAUCGAUUGGAGAUCUGAUUCUAAGGGACACAUUACCGUUUCUCUUAAAAUUCUUUGGGCACUAAACAGCGGCGUUACUCCCGUAUUUUCUAAGUACAACAUUUACGUUGAAAAUGAAGCAGAUAAAUCAGCGCAAGGAUUACAGCAUCUCGGAGUAGCAUUAGUAGAAGCUUUUUAUAUAUCCGAGCUUUCGGUUCCGGUGGGUAUUUCAAGCGUUAAAUUCAUAAUCCAAGCUUGCGGUCUCGAUGGGGCUUGCUCGGAACUAACGGUUUCGCCAUUUAUCCAGUUGCGUGUUGAAGGUUUAUAGAUUAUGUCGGGUUUGUUCUUAUCAAAGGGAGUUAAUUCUAUUAACCUUUUACUGUUAUUUAGCUGAUGUUGUAACAUGAAAACAAUAUAUACCGGGUUCGGUUGGUUUGGUUUGGUUUGGUUUUCGGUGUCACUGGACCUUGAGUUAAAACAAUUAAUAGAUGUUUCUAGAAAGAAGUAGAAUAUUCCGGUUGGGUACC